AUGUCAACAGAACGUUCUGAUGUCUCUGGAAACCCAUAUAGUUUUCAGCCUGGUCAGUGGGCCCCACCUCGUGCACCUUUACCCCCGCAUCGUCUUGCGAAGAUAGCUAAUGCCCUGGGAGUCUCUAUGCCUUCUCCUGCAGGGCCUAAUUUCUCUUCUCCAUGCUUGUCUUCGUCCUUUGCUAGUGCAUCUCCUACCACAAGUAAUGCUGAUCUUCCCUGGCGUGUUGCGACAUCGUCUCCUGCAUCUGCGUAUCAUGUUGGGUCUUUUGCGUCUUCAUCUCAGUCCAAGUUCCUGCUCCAUGUCAUUCCACCUCUUCACCUCCUUCACGACUUCGAUGCAUCUGACCCAUUGGAGCCUGCGCCUCCUCCUACUGCAUCGGGAUAUCACGCACAGUUCCGGCGCGGUACUCUUGUCUCUUUACAGCCCUCGCUUCAUGCGCAACUUAAUGCAAUUGCUAAAGAAUAUGCUUUACCUAGCACAAUUGGUCUCAUCCUUUACCUGAUUACAACUUCCCCGCAAAGCCGCCAGAACAGUCCAAUGCCAUUUGUGACCCCUACGUCAGGAAAUGACGAUGCGGAGGAACCAGGUCCGCGCAUCUCCGAAGAAAUCUGGAAACAUAUUUGGGCUCGAGUUCUGAAAGCUGAGCGCGAAGAAUCUCUCGCGCUCUCGCGGGGACCAGCCUCUAGUCCUUUCGGUCUGGGUCUAGGCUUAGAUUCUUCUGGCCAGUCCAACUUGCGCCCUUUGAUUACCCCCAUGCGGACGGAAACGCCGCAACCGCAACCUCUCACAUACCCAAUUACUCCUUCGUCUACCACUUCUUCAGUAUCCGAUCUUCGGUCUCACUCUAAAUCUGCCCCUCUAUCAUCCUCAUCACUGACGCACUCGGAACCAGAUACCCCCGAUACCUCCCGUUCAUCUGAUCACGAAAUACCCGGGAUUGACCUGCCAGGUCUUAAUUCAUCCUCAAUAAUACCUAUACUAGCGAAAGUGGAGUUCGAUAUUGACCGACGGAAAGCUGCGUGGUAUGAGCCAUGGUUGCGUGGUCGUCGAAUGACCCAUGCUAAACGCGCCGAGAGUCGUCAAAGUAAUCGAGCACGUUCCCGAUCACGUGCGGAAGGAGAGGGAGAUGGGAAGCGUAUGCCAUUCGACUUAAAACUAGUGGAGAGGAUGCAGAAUGCGAGCUCUGUGCUCAGCUUUACUACGUCACAGUCUUCAAGGGAGGGAGGUAGCACUAGCGGGUAUGCUCCUCUGUCAGAUGUUACGGAUGAAGCAGUUGAAGAGGACACAACGACACACGUGACUGAUGUCUGUCAUCAUGAUCCUCCGGUGGACGUCUUCGACACUGGCGGGUAUGCUUCUCUGUCACAUGCCACGGACGAAGUAGUUGAAGAGGACACCUCAACACACGUACCUGAUAUCUAUCAUCAUGAUCCCCUGGUGGACGUCUUCGGCACUGAUGCAGACACCUGGGCUGACAUGCGCGCUGAAUCGCAGGGCAAUCAACCCGACGCCGAUCCAAAUAUAGUCGAUCUUGCGUUGGAUGCAUCAUCGAUGACUGUCAUGCCUGAACAGGAAUCGGGAGAUGAGGUGGAUGAUGCGGAAGAGAUUAGGGACAUUAUGCGGAGGAUGUCAAGCAGGAUGUCAAAGCCCAUGUUGACCUUGUCGAUACCAUCUUCACCAAACUCGCAGCAGAUGUCGUCGCCUCCUAUAUCAAGCGUCCUUGCACCCAAGGAAGCAAGCAAUGACCUCGUUCUGCAUGUGGGACCGAGCCCGAUGUUAUCAUCCUCCAGUGGAGGCGACAGCACGAGUCUGCCUUAUGCGAAUUCGAUAGGGACACCGAUCAUGGGUGAGAUAGGUGACGAUGAUGGACUCUCCUUGGACAUGGAGCAAGAAUAUAUGCGAUCACGGAGUCCUACUGAAGAAAAGCGCGGCGGUGCGGUUUUCGAGGACCUCAAUCUUGGUUUAGAUCUGGGAGAUGAAGACGAAGAGUACGACGAGAAUGACCCGAAUGAUCAACGCAGAAGCCAAUAUCUCAUGAGAGCCAAACUCGACGAGAUUGAACGGACUUUGGCACAGUUUUCUCCAAGACACAUCAAAACCGAUGACUUAGAUGAAGAUAUCACGAUCACUCAUGCCCGAACAAAGUCACUCCUCACACUUCAUGCAGGAGUAACUUCGAAAUUAUCAACUGAUCAUUCACGUGACAUUCCGGCGACAGGAAAUUCUAUCGAUCGUGCCGAUGCAAGCGAGAAAUCGUGGCCUGCCGUCUCCUACUCAUCUAUCGCUAAUAAGUCAUCGCAAUCACCAAGCUUCCAAUCACAUCGGCCUACAAAUCUUCCUCCAUCACCACCUCGGCUCGCUGUCAACGGUGUGUCGACAGGUGCCCCAAAAUCGUUCGCUCCACCCUCGCGGUCUGCUUCACCCAACUCUCUCUCCACAGAGACCAAGAUCCGCAAACGAGAUUUGGAGCCCUCCAUGUACCCACCACCCUUGCCCCGAUCAUUUGGAAGGCAAUCGGAAACUGCGUCAGACUCUCCCAUACCGUUGUCUCCUGAUCCUUUUGGACGGUAUCCCUCUUAUCUCGAGUCAGACUCACACUCCACCCCGACGUAUUGGGAUCCUGCAACCGGGAAAUUCACCAAUACUCCUGUUGAAUCCAGACCGUCUUUGUCAUCUGUAGAUGAGGGUUCUGUUGCUUCUACAACACCCUCCAGUCGAUUCUCUGCUGACUCAGCGAGUUUUUCGGAUGCUGCGGCGAACACUGCAAAAACUUCUACUCCCCUCGUCAGCGUCAAGACCUUCAAGAAACUUUGGCGUAGAAGCAAGUCUACGUCGGUCUCGGCCCAACAACCUCCUACGCCAAGUGCUGGACGAGCUUCGUUCCAGGGAUCUGCACCGCCUGCUCCAUCGUCGCAUGAUCAACCCGGGCCGCCCCCACCGCCGCAAAGAGGAUUGCCAACUGUGCCUCCGAUGACUAUGCCACGAACACCAUCCCCACGUCCAACGACUCCGACAAAUCCUUCGGCAGAGAAGACAAGCGUCCGUAAAUCGAUUCUCAAGACCUGGAAAUCAGUAUCGGGUUCCACAGCCUCUUCUAGUGCUCCUUCAGAACCAAGACGGGAUACUGAAAGACCCGUGUCUAACGAGACUAUAAAACCUCGAAGACCGAGUGUCUUGGAUGCUGGGAUACCCCCAACGCCGAAACUUGCUGAACAGUAUCUUCCUUCAAAUCAUGCCCGAACGGGCAGUGGCAUUUUUGAACGAAGAAAGUCUGUUGGACGGUCUAGAAUGGGACCUUCGUCGAAUCUGUCGACGUCAUCUCAAGACGCUGCCCUCCCAUCUAGGACGCACUCGCAUACACCGUCGCAGCAAACAUCUCCUCUACCUCCAGGGUCUAUAUCUCCUGCUCGCUCCCUGCAGUCCACCGCUUCUCGCCAUUCCCAUGUAGAUGGCAGUUUUGAAACCGCACAGUAUGAACUAGUAUCCACCUCGCCCAGAGUAUACCCGAGCUUGUCUUAUCCCUAUCAGACACUUGACCAAGAUUAG